AUGGUCGCGGCCGAUAAAGGGCUGGUGCCGAGUGCCGGGUCUGCGCGGCACAACCGCCAGCUCGGUUACGACGGGCACGGCGAGCUGGUCAACGUUGGGUGCGUGCCAAAGAAGGUGAUGUGGAACGCGGCGAUCCACGCGGAGUUCAUCCACGAUCACGCCGACUAUGGCUUCGAAACGCCCGGCGUCAAGUUCAACUGGAGAACGAUUAAAGAGAAGCGCGACGCUUACGUGAGGCGCCUGAACGAGAUCUAUGAGAAUAACGUAAGGAAGGCUCACAUCGACAUCAUCCGGGGCUACGGCAAGUUCACCGCUGACCCUCAGCCUACCGUCGAAGUGGACGGGAAAAAAUACACCGCUCCUCACAUCCUUAUAGCCACGGGCGGGCGCCCGUCCGUCCCUUCCGACAGCGAAAUUCCCGGUGCCAGCUUGGGGAUAACCAGCGACGGCUUCUUCGACCUGAGGGAGAACCCCAAACCUCUCUGGGCCUGGAUGGGGCAUGGGGAAAUGCCGGUGGAGGUGGCUGCCAGGCAGUGCCUUCACCUGCAGAACCUCAUCUGAUGGGGCUGGUGGGUCCCUGCCCAGGUCCUGAGGACCUUCGACUCCAUGAUCAGCUCAAACUGCACCCAGGAGCUGGAGAACACCGGAGUGGACGUCUGGAAGCACACGCAGGUCAAGACAGUCACCAAGUCCUCUUGUGGGCUGCUGGAUGUGACGGUGACCUCCUCGGUGCCCGGCCGCAAGCCAACGGAGGGAGUGAUCCGGGACGUGGACUGCCUGCUGUGGGCUGUGGGGCGGGAGCCCAACACCGAGGAGCUGUGCCUGGACAAAGUGGGGGUGCAGGUGGAUGCCAAGGGCCAUGUGGUGGUGGACGAGUACCAGAACACCACCAGGAGAGGGAUCUACGCCGUCGGGGAUGUCUGCGGCAGAGCCCUCCUCACCCCAGUGGCCAUCGCGGCUGGCAGAAAGCUGGCCCACAGGCUCUUCGAGGGCAAGCAGGACUCCCGGCUGGACUACCAUGACAUCCCCACCGUCGUCUUCAGCCACCCGCCCAUCGGCACCGUGGGUCUCACCGAAGACGAAGCCGUGGCCAUGCACGGGAGGGAGAACGUGAAGAUCUACAGCACGUCCUUCACCCCCUUGUACCACGCCGUCACCCAGAGGAAGGUUAAGUGUGUCAUGAAGCUGGUGUGUGCUGGCAAGGAGGAGAAGGUGGUGGGAUUGCACAUGCAAGGGCUGGGCUGCGACGAAAUGCUGCAGGGCUUUGCCGUGGCCAUCAAGAUGGGGGCUACCAAAGCCGACCUGGACAACACCGUCGCCAUUCAUCCCACCUCUGCCGAAGAGCUGGUGACGAUGCGCUGA